AUGCACAAGUGCGCCAAGUGCACCACCGUUCUCCCCGCAGAGAACCCCAAGCGCUGCUACGCAUGCCGCGAGGUUUGCUACUGCAUCCAAAAGUGCCAGCAGGAGCACUGGCCGCUCCACAUUUUCGACUGCAAGCCCGGCCAGCCGAUCAGCACUGUGUACUACCUCGCCCGCGCCGUCCACAACGACUUCGUCCCUGGGGACCCCCAAACGAGGCUCGACUACGGCUUCGACAAGGUCGCGGAACGCGACGGCCGCGAGAGCGAAGAGUACCUUCUCUACCUCUACACCGCCGUGCUCAAGACCGUCUCGCCCCAAGACCUCCGCCGCUGGCAGCGCAAGGGCCGCCUCGCGCACGAAAUCCGCUCCCUCUUCGAGUCCAUGCCCCCGGACGACCGCGGCGAGGCCAACGAGGUCUUCCUCGACUACGAGUACGCCUUCGAGGACCCCGACGACGUCGACCCCAGCUCGGACGCGGACCCCUCCGCCGAGAGCCACAUGGACCGGCUCUACCGCAACAGCUGGAUCCACGCCGGCGGAGCCCCCGACGCGCCCAAGGAGGAGAUCGAGGCCGCGAUCCACGCGCUCUCCCCGCGCGCGCGCCUCGCGCACCACACCUACACCAUCCUCCUCGCGCGCGAGCUCCCGAUGCCGCUCAUGCCGGCGUACCUCCUCUUCGGGUUCGUGACCGCGGGCUCCGGGCGGGAGCUCUCGGAGCUCGGGAAGGCGUACGGCGCGCUCGUGCGCGCGUGCGCGUUCGACGAGUUCCUCGCCGCGUUCAACGCCGCGCGCGUCCCCGCGCUGUUCCGGACGCACGGCGUCGCGCUGCCCCCGCGGCCGCGGGCGUUCGAGGCGAUGAUGUCCGAGCGGGAGGACGCGGUCGAGUCGGUGUGGUACCUGAAGGCGCACGUCGACAUCCUCCUCGCCGCCGACGCGGGCGACGCGGACCCGGAGCGGUUCUACGAGCGCAAGCCGCGCGCGCAGUGCGGCGACUACGGGUACUGCGACGUCCGGGACGAAGGCGAGGCGGAGCUCCUGGACGAGCUGUACGUGGAGCUGUUCGGGAAGGCGCAGAAGGGGAUGGACCCGCUGGAGCUCCACCGGGCGUGCAUGGACGGGAAGCUGGUCGAGUACGUGGGCAGGUUCGUGGAGCUGGGGACGCACGCGGCGGUGUACAAGCGGUUGUUGAACAAGAGGAGGGGCCCGGCCCGGCGUAAGAGAGCGAGAGGUGCGUCUGUUAUCGAGAGCACUUUGUAUGGUGACUUAUGUUGUUUUCCAUACAGCUUGAGUGCAUAUAUAAGUCCUAUAUUGACCGCUAAGCUCUGCGAGUCGAUUCGUUGUGAUGGCGAGAAUAUUUCAAGCGCAGACAGACAGACGACUGAUCCCACUCGCCGAACUCCAGGCUACUUCAGUGAGAAGUACGUAUAUAAAGCGGCUAAAUCAAGUAUGUACGCACCUCUCGUUUCAACGUCAACACGCCAUCGCAUCUCUUUCAAUAUGCCUUUCGCCGAUGCGUGA